UUUUUUUUUGGUAUUAUUCUUGUCAUGAGUCAAAGUUGAGAGAGAGAGUCCGGUAUUGUUGUCAUCGAUUUUUGAAUGAAUUUUUUGUUUGUUUAAGAAAAAUUUCGGUCGGAUAAUUUUCCGAUUUAUCAAUCGGAUAAAUUUCAUUUUAUUUUUUAUUUCUUUUGAUUUUCAAAUAAUCCAAAAUGGCCGAUUAUUUAGCAUCGAUUUUUGGUACCGAAAAAGACAAGGUUAAUUGUUCAUUUUAUUUUAAAAUUGGUGCCUGUCGUCAUGGUGAACGUUGUUCACGUAUCCAUAAUAAACCAACAUUUAGUCAGACAAUUUUAUUGCAAAAUUUAUAUCAAAAUCCACAGAAUGUAACACAAACAACCGAAGGAACCGGUAAAGAAAUGCCAAGAACAACAAUUACUCGUGUACAUACAAUGAGCGAUGAAGAAGCACAAGAACAUUUUGAUGAUUUUUUUGAAGAUGUUUUUAUCGAAUUAGAAGAUAAAUAUGGUGAAAUUGAAGAAAUGAAUGUAUGCGAUAAUCUUGGUGAUCAUUUAGUUGGUAAUGUUUAUGUAAAAUUUCGUCGUGAAGAAGAUGCUGAACGUGCUGUUUCCGAUCUGAAUAAUCGUUGGUUUGGUGGUCGAGCUAUUUGUGCCGAAUUAUCACCGGUUACAGAUUUUCGUGAAGCUUGUUGUCGACAAUAUGAAAUGGGUGAAUGUACUCGAAGCGGUUUCUGUAAUUUUAUGCACAUCAAACCAAUAUCAAGAGAAUUACGACGUGAACUUUAUGGUAGACGUCGUGCUGAUGCUAUGGAUCGCCGUAAUGCAAAUGAUCGUGAACGUGAACGUGGUUAUAUGGAUCAUCAUCAUCAUCAUCGUCGUUCUUCACGAUCACGUUCAAUGGAACGUCGUCAUGGAACGUCAUCAUCACGUGAUAGAGAUCGUGGCCGUGAACGAGACCGUGAUCGUGAACGCGAUCGAGAUAGCAAACGGAAAUCAUCAUCAUCAUCUCGUCAUCGAUCAUCAAAAAGAUCAUCACGUAGCCGAUCAAAAGAUCGACAUCGAUCAUCAUCAUCAAAACAUUCAAAAGAUCAUCGUGAUCGUCAUGAAGAUGAUGAUGAUGAUGAUCAUGAAAAUGAAGAUCAUAUCAAUGAUAAUCAUGAAAAUGAUGAUAAUUCAUCCAUAUAA